UGGCGAUCCUUUCGGCAUGGUAGAGAGCGAUGGACUGCUGGCGGCAACGCGGUCAUCGGAAAAUAUCUUCUCUUCGCUGAGCACGACAACAUCAUGAUGUCGUCCUUUCUGUUCCAUGCCGCGUCCCUCGCUGCCGUGGCCCCCGUCAUGGCUAGCUCGCGGCUGCUAGCCCCGCCCCAGGACAUCCUCAUCGACACUCCAAGCGAGUCGGCCACCAGCCCUCUCCAGUGGCUCGGUGCUAACAGCCCCUGGUUCGCGGGGCCGAAUGUGAACGGCAUCGACCAUGAGGUACCUGAAAACUGCUACGUCGAGCAAGCGGCAUAUGCGGUCCGGCACGGAUCGAGGUAUCCAGACAACGGAGCCUACAACGGCUGGGUGGCCAUGCAGCAGAGGUUUGCACCUGAAAACGGCUACACGGCCUCCGGCAGUCUCUCUUUCCUGCCUACCUGGAAAACGGUCCUUACCAACCCUUCCAUGCAGAUCGCCAUGGAGAGCCCGACAGGGGCUAAGGAGGCUUAUGACAUGGGCUACACCCUGAGGACUCGGUAUCCCGACCUGUACAACGACGGCCAGCCGUUCAUGGUUUGGGCAAACAACUACACGCGGGUGCUGCAGACGGCCCAGAUGUUUGUCCGCGGGUACCUCGGACCAUUCGCCUCUACAUAUGGCAGCGUUGUCUCGGUGACUGCGAAGGGCUUUCCUGAUGCUGUUGGUGACUCAUUGGGCCCGUCCGACAUGUGCCCCAACUUCAAAGACACUUCGGGGGCGGAUCAGCAGGCCAUCUGGACCGCUAUCUUCCUCCCUCCUAUCAAGCAGCGACUGCAGGCCAUGAUCACGGGCAACCUCACUCUCACGGACGACGACAUCCUCCAGAUCCCCUAUCUGUGCGGCUUCGAGUCACAAAUCACUGGCCGGCUCUCGCCGUGGUGCGAUGUGUUCACCGACGACGAGCUGAAGUCGUACGAGUACCACAACGACCUCCGUUACUACUACGGCGUCGGACCCGGUACCGAUCUCAACAAGAAGUUGAUGAUGCCCUUCGUCGACAGUGUCGUCGGCCUCUUGGCUCGAGGUCCCGAAAUCACCGGCACCGCUGCCGACGGCAGCUCUUUCGCCGUCCCAAAGCUCCUCAUGGCCUUCAUGAACGACGGGCAGCUGAACGAGAUGGCGGCGGCGAUCGGUGUCUUUGACGAAGAGCCGCCGCUGGACCCGAGCGUGCGAGACGACAACCGGCUGUACAUGGCAAGCCGCUUCUCCACCAUGCGCGGGACCAUCGCUCUCGAACGGCUCAACUGCGUCACGACGAAAGUCUGCCGCCCGAAGCCGACAACGUCUUCUCGACUCCGCCGUGACAGCCUCAACAGCGUCACACGCAACGAGACUUUUGUGCGCAUCCGCCUCAACGACGCAGUGUACCCAGUGCCCUCGUGCAGGAACGGCCCUGGGUCGUCGUGCCGCCUGAGCGACUACAAGCAGUACAUUGCCGACAAGUACGCGGCGCAAGGCAACUGGG